UUUCUUAUAUGAAAACUGAAUUCUUUUGUCAUUGGUUUAUUUUAUGCAAAGAUAUUCUUACCUGUCCUAAGCUUCAUUUGGCAUAUAAGUAAACAUUGGUUCGGCAUAGUAGUUAUGGGAGAGAAACAGGCAAACUUGAAGGAUGAACAACAACACAGAGGUGAUCAACCAAUACAAGGAUGCUUUUCCAGCAUUUGGAGGCUAUAUGGAGUGCAUGUCUCGGACGUUCUUAACGGGUCUGGCAUCGUUUAGCUUAGCUUUUGGAGGCACAUAUAUCAGUCAGCACUUGUUGGUGAAAUACCUUCCCUACAGCCGCAAGAAUCACAUCAUAGUGUCAAGCUUGGUGGCUUGUGGCGUCGCGUACCAAGUAACAGCUGUUCGAGCCAAAGCCUGCCAGGCUGCGUGGAUGGCAGCUGAGGACAAGCACACUUUUUUAAACCCAAUUUCUGAUAGACCAAUACCUGCUGAGGAGGAGGACGAUUAACCAACUGAAAAAAAAGAAGAGGAUAAAACCAACUCUAUUCAUAAAAUCAAGUUCAAAGACACAUAUAGACAGAACUAUAUAUUUUUAAUUGUUGUGGUGUUAUAAUAGGGAACAGCUUUUAAGUCUUACAGCACUAUACUAGCGUGUCCUCCUAACAAAAUGGCUUAUAUUGGAGUUCUACGAUCGGGGGUUUCUCUAUGUGAAAAUAUUUUGGUUAGUUCUUCCUCAAGGUUAAAAGUAUAUAGAACUGAAAAUGCUCUCAGGAGUUAUACAGCAUUUGCAGGUGAUUCAACCAUGACUUAUCAGUUUUAUAAGUCAUGUUCAACUUCAAGUCUCACUGAUCUUGUAAGACUUCCAUUACUCAAGAGCAGUUGUAUGAUAAGCUUGAGACCAUUUACCACAACUGUAGUAACUUGUAA